AUGGUUCAACUAUCGGACCGCCUUGGUUGUGCACGUCGACAACGUCAGGACUGGUUCGCCGAAAACGACGACGUCAUGAACAAUGUGCUCAUCGAGGAGAACAGCCUGCACAGAGCCUGGGUUGAUCGCUCUACCGAUGACAACAAGGCGGACUUCUACCGUGGUUGCCGUCUUAUGCAAUAGGGGCCGCGAGAGAUGCAGGAUUCCUGGGCGGCUCGCAAGAUCGAGGAAAUCUGUGGCUGUCCGUACACUUAAUAGCUUAUAUGUGUCACUGCCCUUCUGUCCGCAUUACGCUCUUGAUCAGUUCACUGUCUGCAUCAUUCAACGCUUGUCAUUACCCUCCUGCGUUCGUGAAGCCAAUCAAGUCAACUUCUUCGCUGAUUGGUUACAGGUGCACAAAUAAGAUCAGUGGGUGACAGCAACAGCCGCCUUUGCGGACGUGACUUUUAACGGAGAGAACAGAGACACACAAAACACAACAACAACUCCAGGCGAACGACAGCUUAUGGUGACUGUUUGCAGAGCCGCUGUACGCUCUUCACCCUAGUAAAGUUUGUCUAACCAAUCCGCCUUCCUCGACUUCUAAUUUGGGAACCUUCUGGUUGUCGAUUAUGCCAUUACGCGUCGACAGACCCAUGGAUACGCGGACCGCAACGAAUGGAAGAACUUCUUCGCCGAGAUCAAGACUGUCUAUGAUUCCGCAGACAAAGGCAUCGCCCCUCUCCUCAGCGCCAACUCCCGUACCCUACUCAAUGAGAAGACUCGAACCCUACAGGGAUCGGCCGAACACUUCAGACGCGUCCUCAACCGUCUCUGCUCCAUCUCCGACGCCGCCACCGCCCGUCUACCUCAAGCGGAGACUAACGUUGACAUCGACCUCUUGCCUUUCCUCUACGAAACCUCCAGGCCGUCUAACAUCUCUCCAGAAGGAAAGCGCAUGGAUCUGACGCGAUUUAUGCUGAGAUCGACAAGUACUGUAGUGGUCAACUUGUGAAAUACCCGACGUCGCUCUUUCAGGAGCCGGGGACAAGUUUCAAAGGAUUUCAAGGACGCCACAGUCGUCCAUUUCUAUAAGCGGAAAGGUAAUCGCCAGCUCUACCACAACCAUGGAGGCAUCCCCCUGCUCAAUGUUGUUGGGAAAGUCUUCCCUUGCCUUCUCCCCAACCGUCUGAACCAAUAUCUGAAACAGGGUCUCCUGCCGGAAAGCCAGUGCGGUUUCCACAGUCAUCGCGUGACCGCCGGCAUGAUCCUUCCUGCCCGUCAACUGCAGGAGAAGUGUCAGAAGAUGCGGGUCUACCUUUACUCCACCUUCGUGGAUCUGACGAGAACCUUCACUACGUUUAAGCCCGAAGGAAUAUAGAAAAUCAUGCAGAAAUUCGGCUGUUUCGAUCAAUUCACGCAGAUGGCGCAUCAGCUCCAUAAUGCUAUGACGGCAGGGACCAAUGGAUUUGUCUUGGAGACAUCCGCAGUGACCAGCGGAGUGAAGCAGGGCUGUCUGCUCAGUCAUACCCUCGUCAGUCUUACGUUCUCUGCCAUGCUAUUGAAGGCCUUCCGUGGUGAACGCCCCGGGACCGACGUGGCCAACAGGAUGGACGGCCACCUCAUCAGUCAGCCGUGAGUGCACUUCCAGUUGCGUGCAUUCGCAGCUUCCGUCUAUGAACUCCUCUCCGCAGACGACUGCGCCGUCAAUGCCAUUUUUGAAGUGGAGGUGCAAAGGAGCUCGUACCUCUUUGCUGCCGCCUGUGACAUCUUCGGCCUAAUCACCAACACGGAGAAGACAGUGGUUAUGCAUCAACCGCCACCCGACGCUGCCUUCAGCGCACCCCAAUCCAACGGGAGUGGCACCCAACUGCAGUCGUUGACGACCUUAGCUACCUGCACAGAACCCUCUCUUGCAACACCAAAAUGA